AAGUAAAAAUGGAUCAAAACCUGUUUGGAGGAGCCCCCAGGUUUCUCACCCGCCCAAAGGCCUUCACAGUGGGUGUGGGCAAGGAUGCUACACUCAGCUGCACUGUUGUUGGCAACCCAACUCCAGUAAUCACCUGGGAAAAAGACAAGCUCAAGCUUUCGUCUGGGGGCCGCUUUAAAACUGUGGAAGACGGAGACAUCUACCGUCUGACCAUCUAUGACCUUACGCUGGAGGACAGUGGUCAGUACAUGUGCCGAGCCAAAAACAACAUCGGGGAAGCUUAUGCUGCUGUGACCUUGAAGGUGGCCCUCCAAACGGAGAUGUCUCAGAGGGCCCCCGUUUUCAUGGUGAAGCCUACUUCCACAAGAGUGGCUUUAGGAGGAGAAGUUGUUUUCCACUGCCGGGUUGUGGCUCACCCUGAGGCCACCUUUGAGUGGGAGAAGGACGGGCGCUACCUAGGUGAAACAAACCGCAUCAAAAUUAUGUCCGACAGCGAAAGCAGCACCUUAAAGAUCCAAGGUGUGCGCAACCUGGACAGCGGAACGUUCAUCUGCAGGGCCCAGAACUCUGUGGGCCGCUCCCAGGCUGCUGCAGCUCUGGUGGUGGAUACUCAGGAUGCUCGCCACAUGUCUGCAGACAAGAGUACCUCUCUCCUCUCGCACAUGCAAAAGCGCAAAGAGGAAAUGAAGAAGGACAUCUCCAUCUUUCGCACGGAGGAAAACAGCUCCCUCUCCAAAGCCAACAUGACCGAUGCCCUGAGUUCCCUGAGCCUGGAGCAGGAGCUGAGGGCGUCUGCACUGGCCAGUCUACCUAAAGGUGUUUUCACCCGCACUUGCACUGUUACUGAGGGCAAACAUGCAAAACUCAGCUGCUUUGUGACGGGUCACCCCAAACCACACAUUAUCUGGAGGAAGGACGGAACUAACAUCAGUGAGGGACGCAGGCACGUCAUUUAUGAGGAUCACGCUGAGAACUUCAUCCUCAAGAUCCUGUACUGCAAGCAGAGUGAUAAUGGUCUCUAUACAUGCAAUGCCACCAAUAUGGCAGGCCAGACCUACAGUGCUGUACUGGUUACAGUCAAAGAGCCAAAGGUGCCAUUCAAGAAGAAACUGCAGGAUGUGGAGGUACAAGAAAAGACCUCAGCCACACUCUUAUGUGAGGUGCCACUCAUCGCCACUCAGACCGACUGGUUCAUGGAGGAAACUAGGCUGGAGCAAAACACUAAAUAUCGCAUGGAUGAGGAUGGGACCCUGCGUCGCCUUACCAUACAUAAUGUCACCACUAAUGACGAUGGAGUUUAUAUCUGCGAGAUGAAAGAGGGCAGCCGCACUGUGGCUGAGCUCACUGUCCUGGGUAAUAUCACAAAGAAGCUUCCUCGGAGGACCAUCGUUCCAGUCAGUGACACCGUCAUCUUUUGUGUUGAGCUGGAGCAUCCUUGUCCAGAUGCCUACUGGACUCGCAAUGGCGAGAAACUGAAGGAAGAUUCUCGUACUUCAAUCGCCUGUGUUCUUAGACAGUACACGUUAACAAUUAAAGACUGCCAGGCAAAUGAUUCUGGAGAGGUGGCCUUUGUGGCUGGAGAUUGUAAGACUUCAACGCGAUUCUCUGUCACUGCUCCCAGGAAGCAUCCUCCUGAUCCCCCAGUCGAUGCUGUGGUGCAGAACAAGACUGACUCGUCCAUCACCAUUCAUUGGUCUCCCCCUGACAGUGACCGUCCUGUACCCAUAAAAGGAUACAUCGUGGAGAGGAGGAAGGUUGGUGCUUCUACCUGGCAGAGAUGCAAUGCUGGAGAAAUCCUCACAACCACAGAGAUCACCAUAAGCAGUUUUGCAGAGGAAGUUAGCUACCAGUUCCGUAUUUCUGCCACAAAUGACUUUGGCCAGAGUCCCUUUCUGGAAGUACCUGGCAGCUUCUACCUUGAACCCACUGCAGAAAUCAGGAAGGGCCUGAUGGACAGCUCUGCAGUCUCUGGAGAGGAAUUCUCCAUCUCUGUGGAGUUGUCGGCUGUUUGUUCAGGCUUCUGGUCCCUGAAUGGACGCCUCCUGCGGAGUGGAUCAGAAUAUCUUAUCACCAAAUCUAAGAACAUUCACACAUUGCUCAUUCGUGUCGUGACCAUGGAAAUGAAUGGAACCGAAAUCAAAUUUGUGGGUGGAGGUUCUCAGAGCACUUGCAUCCUAUCUGUGAAGGCACCCCCUAUCAGGUUCACCAACAAGUCCGACCAUCCAGAGGUCGUAACCUGCAGCGUCCAAGAGACGGCUCAACUGAGUGCUGAAGUGUCAGACUAUGAAACUCAGGUGGCUUGGUUGAAGAAUGGGCGAGAGGUGAAAAUGGGGAAGAAGUAUGAAUCCAUUAUAAGAGAUCGUAAGAGAAUCCUGAUGGUUCACAAUGUCACAGAGGAAGAUGUGGGUCUUUAUGAGUGUGUCUUAUCUGAGGAUAGGAUGUCAAUUCAGCUGACACUGAAAGAUGAGCCUGCCAAAUUUCUCAAUAAAGCCAGAGGCCCCAUGGGAAUGUCAUCAUCCCUUAAAGGAGAUCUUGAGCUGACCUGUGAGGUGUCUUCUGCAAGUGCUGUUGUUGUCUGGAAAAAAGAUAAAGUUGAAAUUAGUGAGGACCAAAGAACAACUAUCAUCUCCAAAGGGACCCAAAGGAAACUUAUCAUUAAAAGUGCCAAGAAAAAUGAUGAAGGAUAUUAUUCUUGUGAGACAGCAGCUGAUAAAGUCACAUUCCAUGUCAAGAUAAAAGAAACCCAAGCAGUAGCUGCAUUCUCCAAUAAAGAGUCAGUUCAGAGGGACGUCAAAGCCGUCCUCAGCCAGAAAUCAACACUUAGCUGUGAUGUGUCAGACACUAAGACGGAGGUGAAAUGGUACAAAGAUGGAAAGUUGCUGGAGUCAAGUAAGAGAAUUCUCUUGGAGGCCAAGGGGAGCACCCGUCAGCUGGUGAUUGAAAACAUCGAGAAGACUGAUGCUGGAGAGUAUACCUGUGAAGCUGGAGGGGAUAAACUGGUCUUCAAGAUAACUGUAUCAGAGGCUCUGUCUGCUUUCUGCAACAAGGAGUUAGUACAGAGGGAGGUGAAAGCCACUCUCUCACAGAAAACCACCCUCAGCUGUGAGGUAGCGGACGUGAAGACAGAGGUGAAAUGGUACAAAGAUGGCAAACUCCUGACUUCCAGCAAAACGGUUCAAACUGAAUCAAAAGGCAAGAGCCGCCAGCUGGUGAUUGACAGCGUGGAGAAGAAAGAUGCAGGAGAAUACACCUGUGAGGCUGGGUCUGAAAAGAUGAGUUUUAAGAUCAAUGUGGCAGAGGCCCAGUCAGCCUUCUUCAACAAGGAGUCAGUCCAGAAGGAUAUCAAAGCCACUGUGUCUCAGAAAGCUACGCUUAGCUGUGAGGUGUCUGAUACCAAGACAGAGGUUAAGUGGUACAAAGAUGGCAAGCUGCUCACUUCUAGUAAGACGGUACAUACAGCGUCAAAAGGCAGAAGUCGCCAGGUUGUGAUAGAGAGCCUGGAGAAGAAAGAUGCUGGAGAGUACAUCUGUGAGGCUGGUGCGGAAAAGCUUUCCUUCAAACUCCAGGUGGAAGAUGUGCAAGUUCAGUCUGCCUUCUACAAAAAGGAUUCUGUGCAGAAAGAAGUGAAAGCCACUCUUUCCCAGAAGGCCACUCUGAGUUGUGAGGUUUCUGACAGCAAGACAGAGGUGAAAUGGCACAAAGAUGGCAGGCUGCUCACUUCAACCAAAACAAUCCACACCGAAUCAAAAGGCAAGAUUCGCCAGCUGGUGAUUGAAAGCGUGGAAAGAAAAGAUGCAGGAGAGUAUAUUUGUGAGGCUGGGUCUGAAAAGCUGCCCUUUAAGUUGCAUGUUGAAGAGACCCAGCUUAAGUCAGUCUUCUUCAACAAGGAGUCAGUCCAAAAGGAGGUGAAAGCCACUCUGUCGCAGAAAGCCUCUCUGAGCUGCAAGGUUGCUGAUGCAAAGACAGAGGUGAAAUGGUACAAGGAUGGUAAGCUGCUGAAAUCCAGCAAAACCAUACAUACAGAGUCAAAGGGCAAGAGUCGCCAGCUGAUGAUCGACAGUGUAGAGAAGAAGGAUGCUGGAGAAUACAUCUGUGAGGCCGGGACUGAGAAGUUGGCUUUUAAGAUUCAUGUGGCAGAAACUACAACUGGCUUCUCUACCAAGGAAUCAGUUCAGAGAGAAGUGGAAGCUGCUCUCACUCAGAAAGCCACUCUAAGUUGUGAAGUUUUAGACUCCAAAAUGGAGGUGAAAUGGUUCAAGGAUGGAAAGGUUCUCACUUUGAGUAAGGGGAUCCACAUGGAAUCAAAGGGCAAGACCCGUGAGCUGGUAAUAGACAGAAUGGAGAAGAAAGAUGCUGGAGAAUAUACCUGUGAAGCUGGAAGCGAUAAGCUGGUCUUCAAGCUGCAAUUGACAGACAUGGCUGUGAAGUUUAAGAAGCCUACCAAAGAUACAUUUAUUGUUGAAGCAAGUGAAAGAGUUGUUUUAACAGCUGAAGUGACCACAGAAGUUGGUAAUGUGAAGUGGUUCAGAGAUGGAGUGGAGAUAAAGGAGAGCAGCAAGUGUGAAAUACGAAAAGAUGGGCUUUCUCGCACUUUGACACUGAAAUCGGCAGAGACCAAAGACAGCGGAACGUACUCCUGUCAAACUCCGGAUGACAAAGUGGAAUUCAAAGUUCAGGUUAAAGAUUCAGCUUUGAAGUUUGUUGUUCCUUUGAAAACUGCUACAGUGGAGUUAGGAGGAACACUCAGCCUAAUUUGUGAGCUAAAUCAGGCCUCAGGGGAUGUUCUCUGGCAGCACCAGGGCCGUGAAAUUAAACCUGGAAACAGGCACUGUGUCCGAACAGAUGGAGCUAAAAGGAUCCUCACUGUCACAGCAGUCACUAAAGAAGAUGAAGGGGAAUACAGCUGCGUGUGUAAAAAUGACAAGACCUCUGCUAAAGUAACUUCUAAAGCACCAAGACUCGUGAGGUUGACCGCUAAACUGAACAACGUCGCCGCAAUGGAGGGAAAGGACGCCAUUUUCAAAUGUGCAGUCACUCCGGCUGACGUCAAUGUUCGGUGGUUCCACAACAAUAUACCCGUCACUGCUGGGCCCAAGUACAAACCUGAGCAUGGAGGUGGUAGCUUCGCACUAACCAUCACUUCAGUCACACAGAAAGAUGCAGGAGAAGUUAGUGUUGAUGCAGAAGGCAAAAGCUGCAAAGCAACUCUUCAAGUUCAGCGUGAACCUGUCACUUUUAAGAAAAAGUUGGAAAAUAUGACGGUGGAAGAAGAGAAUGAAGUGAAACUGGAAGUAGUGCUGAGUAAGCCUUCAGAUGAAGUCAAGUGGAUGAAGAACAGUGUUGUUGUGCAGCCCGCAGGAAACAUAGAGAUCCGAGUUGAAGGAGCGAAGCAGGCUCUAAUUUUCAAGAGAGUAACUUAUUCUGACCGCGGGAUAUACUCUUGUGAGACUUUGGAUGACAAGACUCAAGCAAAACUCACUGUUGAGAUGAAGAAGAUUCAGGUAAUAAAAGCUCUAACAGAAACAAAAGCUCAUGAAACGGAGACAGUGACUCUUGAAGUGGAGCUGAGUCAAGCUGAUGUUGAAGGCUCGUGGACCAGAGAUGGGGCCAAGUUAAGGUCAGGGGCAAACUGCCGCAUCACGACCGUGGGAAAAAAGCAUACCCUGACGCUUUCCAAUCUGAAGAGAGAGGAUGCCGGGACUAUUUCCUUUCAAGCAGAGGGAGUCCAUACCUCAAGCAAACUGAUUGUCACAGAACCUCUUGCUAUGAUCUCCAAACCCAUAAUGGACAUCAAUGUUCCUGAGAAGGAGAAGGCAACAUUUGAAUGUGAAGUGUCUAGAAACAACGCAGAAGUUAAAUGGUUCAAGGAUGAUGUUGAACUGAAGCCAACAAAGAACGUUGCUAUUCAUUCCUUGGGCCGAAAGCGCACAUUAGUUAUCAACAAAUGCACGCCUGAAGAUGGAGGCACUUACAUCUGUCGCACAACUGAUGAUAACACCUCUGCUAAGCUCACUGUGCAAGCCAGAGAUAUCAGGAUUGUUAAGAAGCUACAAGAUGUGGAAGCGGUGGAGAAGGAGAGUGCUUCGUUUACCUGUGAAAUCUCUCAUGACGACGUGGAGUACCAGUGGUUCAGAGGAAAUGCUAAAAUUAAAGCCAGCGAAAAUGUCAAGAUGAGACAAGAGGGCAGAACAUAUACACUGCUGUUUAAAUCUGUAACUCCUGAAGACAUGGGUGAAAUUAGAUUUACAACUGAAAAAGCAUCUUCAGCUGCAAAACUUAAAGUGAAAGAACUGCCUGUCAAGUUUGUGAAGAAACUCAGGGAUAAGAUAGCAAUGUAUAAGCACCGUGCUCAUCUUGAAUGCCAAGUGUCACGUGCCACUGCAAAAGUGAAGUGGUUCAAGAACAAGAUGGAGAUCAAAGCCAGCAAAAAAUAUGAGAUCAAAGGUGAAGAUGUGUACCGAAAGCUCACCAUCAAUGACGUGGAUUCUGGUGAUGAAGACAUGUAUACCUGCGAUGCUACAGAUGACAAGACAUCCUGUAAAGUGCUUGUGGAAGAACAGUCCAUCAGUAUCGUACGGGAACUCAGUUCAGUCGAGGUGACGGAACCUUUUGCAGCUGUUUUUGAAGUUGAAGUCAGUAUGGAAUUAGUGAAACUUCCGAUUUGGACUUUGAGUGCGGUUCCUGUGCAGGAGGGUGUUGAUGUUGAGAUGGAGAAAGAAGGCACCAUGCAUCGUCUCACUUUUAAAAAGACCAAAGCGUCAAUGACUGGACCAGUUCAAUUCACUGCAGGGAAAAGCAAAUCUCUUGCUCAACUCACAGUCAAAGAGCGCCCACUUGAGAUCACUGAGCAUAUCAAAGAUGUAAAGGCAAAUGAAAAAAGCUUUGCUGCACUUGCUUGCAAAUUUUCUGCCACACCUCCAGAAGUGAAGUGGUUCAAAGGUCAGGUUCUUCUGGCAGCGUCAGAUAAAUACAACAUAAGACAAGAUGCUGCGAGGGCUCAACUUACUGUUCAAAAAUUGACUGAAGAAGACAGUGGGGAGUACCGCUGUCAGUCAGGUCCUGCUGAAACCAAAGGGACUCUAACUGUUGAAGUACGAGAAAUAAAGAUCACCAAGCACCUAGCUGACACAGAGGUUGAUGAAGACAGCGAUGCAAUGUUCACAUGUGAGAUCAACUACCCUGAUGAAGAUGCACAGUGGCAUCUGAAUGAGAAGGUCCUGUUCACCAAUGAGGUGAACACCAUCACACAUGAGGGCAAGGUCCACAAGCUCACGCUGAAGAACUUGGCUCCUCAGGAUGGAGGAACUAUCACCUUUCAAGUACGCAAAGUGAAAGAAUCUGUCACACUGAAGGUUAAAGAGAAACGAGCUGUGUUCCUCAAGUCACUAGACGAUGUCACAGGAGAGGAGAAAGGCAUGAUAACUUUGACAUGUGAAGCAAACAAGCCAAGAGUUUCUCCAAUAUGGAGAAAAGAGGAUAAAGUGUUAAAAGCUGGACCAAAAUAUGAGCUCCUUCACACGGGCAAGUCUUUGGGACUGAUUGUUAAGGAUGUGACCAAGGAAGAUGCUGGAGAAUACAGUUGUGAUCUUGGCACAGAAGUCACAAAGGCAAAGGUCACUGUAAGAGAAAUUGGUAUCGGCAUCACAAAAAAACUGAAAUCCGUUGUGGUGAAUGAAGGAGACACAUGCAGCUUUGACUGCAUUCUGUCGCGCGAGAGCAUUGAUGACUGCUUGUGGUCUGUCAACGGCAAAGCCGUUAAAAACAGAGGUCGCUAUAAGAUCUCCAGUCAGGGGCGAAAGUACACUCUGACCCUGAAGGAUGUGACCCCUGCUGAUGCUGGUGAGGUGGUCUUCAGCAUUAAAGACCUGAGCUCCAAAGCGACACUAAAAGUUGAAGGAAAAGCUUCGUCUCUAUCAACUGGGCUUCAGAAUGUUUCUGUUGUGUGGGGCGAAGAUGCUGUUUUUGCCUGUGAGGUUACACAGGCUAGUUUUACUGUAAAGUGGGCUAAAGAUGGUAAAGCCAUCAGAACAAGCAAGAAGUAUGAGAUCAGUCAACAGGAGAAGCUCAUGAAGCUCACCAUUCGCAAUGUGUCUGCUGAAGAUUCUGGGGAGUACAGCUGUGAAGUUGUUGGAGGUGCAACCACAAGAGCCAAGCUGGAAAUUAAGGAACCGAUCCAUAAAUUCACCAAAGCGCUUGAGGACAUCCAAGCAGAUGAGCGGACCUCUGUGACCUUGCGUUGCGAAACGGCACAAACUCCAUCCACAGUGACGUGGCUGAAAGGCCACACAGAGCUCAGGGCUGGAGGUCAGUACGAGAUGUCCCAGAAGGAGAAGGUCCUAACUCUCAUCAUUAAACACCUGGAGGAGAAGGACACUGACAUCUACACAUGUGACGUGGGCACUGCGAAAAGCAUGGCAAAGGUGACUGUGAAAGCAUUGCCAACGACAUUUGUGAAAAAGUUGGAGAGCCAGGAGGCCGAGGAAGGAGCCAGUGUUACUUUGCAUUGUGAACUCUCCAAACCUGGAGUCUCUGUGGAGUGGAAGAAGGGAACACAGGUUCUGAAGUCUGGAGAGAAGUACCAGAUGAAGCAGAAGGCCUCUGUGAAUGAACUCAUUAUAAGCAAGGUGGUGCCAGAAGACAGUGGAGAUUACAGCUGUGUCUGUGGUGACCAGAAGACCACAGCCAACCUCAAGAUCAAGGCCCAACCGGUGACCUUCAAACAGAAGUUGGAGAGCCAAGAGGCUGANGAAGGAGCCAGUGUUACUUUGCGUUGUGAGCUCUCCAAACCUGGAGUCCCUGUGGAGUGGAAGAAGGGAACACAGGUGCUGAAGUCUGGAGAGAAGUACCAGAUGAAGCAGGAGGCCUCUGUGAAUGAACUUGUUAUUAGCAAACUAUUGCCAGAAGACAGUGGUGACUACAGCUGUGUGUGUGGAGACCAGAAGACCUCAGCCAACCUCAAAAUCAAGGCCCAACCAGUGACCUUCAAACAGAAGUUGGAGAGUCAAGAGGCUGAAGAGGGAGCCAGUGUUACUUUGCGUUGUGAACUCUCCAAACCUGGAGUCUCUGUGGAGUGGAAGAAAGGAGCACAGGUUCUGAAGUCUGGAGAGAAGUACCAGAUGAAGCAGAAGGCCUCAGUGAAUGAACUCAUUAUUCACAAAGUGGUGCCAGAAGACAGUGGAGAUUACAGCUGUUUGUGUGGAGACCAGAAAACCUCAGCCAACCUCAAGAUCAAGGCUGUGAAGCUGUCUCCGCCUCCUUCUGCUGCUGAACCAGAACCCAAAACUCUGGAGACCAAAGAAAAAACUGAAGUCAAGGUGGGUGAAGUUAAAAACAUUGAGCAGAAGAAGCAGGAGAUAAAUGAAACUGUACAAGCUGUGAUCCUGCCGACUACUGGUGAAGCCCCUAAACAGCAACUACUGAAAGAGGAAAAUCAGAGAAGCUCAAGAGAAUUUGAUACGGAACAUGAAGUCCUAGGCGAGAAGACUGUUAAACAAGCUGCUCAGAGUGAAGAGACCAAAAUCCAGGCACAAGCCAAACCUGUCCUUUUCAAAACUAAGCUACAAAACCUGGAAAGACAGGAAGGGGAGUCUGUUAGCUUUUGCUGUGAGAUCACCAAAGUUGGAGCCAGUGUGGUCUGGAGGUGUGGUGACAAGGUGCUGACAGCCAGUAGCAAAUACCAACUGAAGCAGGAAGGGACUGUGGUCCAGCUUGUUAUCUAUAAACUGCAGCUAAGCGAUGCAGGAGAAUACUCCUGUGAUACAGGCUUCCAGAAGACUUCAGCAACCCUUAAUGUUAAUGCCGCUGAGGUUCUGAUUUUGAAGUUCUUGGAGAGCUGCGUUGUUCACGAGGGGGAAGAUGUCCACUUUGAGUGUCAGCUUUCUCAUGAGGAGGCUCCGCAGAUACAGUGGAAACUCCAGGAUGUCCCUCUGCAAAAUAACGAGAUGAAUCUGAUAAGGUCUGAGGGCCGAGUGCACAGCCUCACACUUAGAGGUGUCACAGCCUCUGACUCUGGAACAGUCACUUUCACUGUAGGAAACCACACCUCCACUGCUUCUCUCACAGUCAGAGUGCCACCAGUAUCCUUUAAAAAGGAGCUGGAAAGCCAAGAGGCCAGAGAGGGAGGAGAGACAACACUGUCCUGCGAGACAUCAAGCCCUGACUGUAAGGUGACCUGGUGGAAGGGCUCAACUGUCCUCUCUCAGGGAGAGAAGUACACCAUUCAACAGAGAGCUACCACUCACAGCCUGGUGAUACACAAGCUGGUCAAGGAGGACAGUGGUGAAUACACAUGUGAUACAGGAGACAAGAAAAGUACCGCUAGGCUGACUAUUAAAGAGCAUGUUCGCAUUGUUCGUGAGCUCCAUGAUGUUACCGUGACCACCGGUCAGGACGCCGUCUUUGAGGUCGAGCUGUCACAUGUAGGCGUCACUCAUGGGGAAUGGUGGCUCGGAGACAACCUCCUUCAAAAUAACGAUCUGAAUCAAAUGAGCGUUCAUGGCAGAGUUCACCGACUGGCUCUGAAGAUGGUAACCACAGAUGAGUCAGGUGAUGUUGCCUUUGUCGUUGGUGAGGAGAAGAGUGUCGCUUGUCUUCUGGUCGAGGAGAAACCCAAAGUGGUAAUAUUAGAGAAACCUCAUAAUGCUGCAGCAGUAGAGGGAGAAACCGUCACAUUCAGUUGCUCCAUCUCCGACUCCAAUGCCUCUCUCACGUGGAUGAGGAACAAUGUGCCAAUCCAAGCUGGUAUAAAGUAUGACCUGAAGAAGAACGGUGCAUUGCAUCAGCUCCGAAUUCACAACCUGGUCCCAGAGGAUUCAGGAAUAUACAUCUGUGAUACUGGAGAUGCACAGUGUGAAGUUACUUUAACAGUGCAAGGUGCCCCAGUGUUCUUCAAGAAAGAGCUCAAGAGCCAGAACGCCAUAGAGGGUGAUGAUAUCACCCUACAGUGUGAGGUGUCUAAGCCAGGUGUCCGUGUUGAGUGGAGGAAAGGAGGUAUUGUCCUCCAACCUGGUAAGAAGUAUGAAAUGAAGCAGGAGGGGCGCAUUCAAGAGCUCUGUAUUCAUAGCCUGGAACCUGAAGACAGUGGUUACUACACCUGUGAUGCAGGAGAGCAGCUCACUACAGCUUCUUUGGCAGUGCAAGUGAAAGAAGUCUUCAUUGUUACUGGUCUUAAGACCACUGACGUCUUUGUUGGGGAAUGGGCAACGUUCUCCUGCCAGCUUUCUGGUAGGGCAUCUGGUAAGGUGCAGUGGUGGCUGGAUGGCAACUUGCUGGAGAACAGCCCCUGUAUUGAUAUAGGGGUGGAACAGGGCUUUAUCCACACACUCACCUUUAAGAACCUGGCUACAGAUGACUCAGGCACUGUCACCUUCAAAACGGGCAACUUAACCUCAUCAGCCAAGCUCUUAGUCAAAGAUCCCUCGGUUGAGGUGGUGAACGAUAUGGAGGACCUUUGGGUGGUUGAAAACCAACCGGCUGAGUUCAUCUGCCAGUUCUCCAGGCCAGUCAAAGCUCAGUGGAGGAAAGAUGGGCAGCUUUUGCAGCCUGAUGGCCGAAGGGUGGUAGUGGAGCAGGACUGGACUGUUGCGCGCUUGUACAUUAACCGUGUUUCCGGUGCCGACACGGGAACAUAUUCCUGUGAGGCAGAGGGUACCUCUGUGGUCGCUUCACUUCAUGUGGAAGGCAAACCCAUUAACAUUGUCCAAGGCCUGGAAAAUGUGGAAACAUUUGAUGGGGGCGAAGCGUUGUUCGAGUGUGCCCUUUCUCGCCCUGAGAGCAAAGACUGUCACUGGCUUCUUGAUGGAAAACCAGUGAAAGAAUCUCCUAAAGCAGAGAUUGUGUCUUUUGAAAGUGGUCGACGUCAUCUGCUGCUCCUGAAAGAUCUGCACGACAAAGACAGUUGCACAGUAACAUUUAAAGCCGGAACAGCUUCCACCUCUGCCCAGCUCACUGUCAAAGGCUGGAAACUGGAGAUCGUGCAGGGUUUGGAGGACAAAGUGGCCGCUGUAGGAGAGAAGGUUGAGUUUUGUGUUAAGCUUACUGAGCCUGUUCCUGCAGCAGAUGUGACCUGGUACGCUAAUGGAGUUGAACUCAAACCCAGCGACCUCUGGGCCAUGAGGUUUGACGGCAGUUCUUAUCGCCUUGUCCUGAGACAGGCCCCACUCAUGCCCCAACAAGAAAUUACCUUUGCAGCUAGGGAUGCACUUUCUUUGGCCAAGCUUACCAUCAUCACUGUACCUGACCCCCCAGAGGAUCCAGAAGUCCUCCGUAAAACCACAGAGUCUGUCGCUCUCUCCUGGUUUACUCCCCUUCAUGAUGGAGGGAGUCCCAUCAUUGGCUACAGAGUGGAGAUGCGACUUGUAGACAGCGCCCUCUGGCUUCCAUGUCAUUCUGAGCCCGUUUGCAACACAGAAUUUGUUGUGGAAAAACUGGUGCCUGGGAGUGGCUACAGGUUCAGAGUGGCAGCAAUUAACAAAGCUGGGCCUGGAGAGCCUGUUGAGCUCCCUCUGACAGUGCAGCUUGAUGUACAACAGACAAAAGUAAUGGAACAGCCGAGUCUACCUCCGGAGUCUGCUGAGGAAGGGGAACUCCAUGAUCUGUGGGACGCAUCAGCAAAGAAACGUCGCAUGAGCAGAGAGCCCACUCUGGACUCCAUCUCAGAGCAGCCUGAGGACAGCAGCAAAGGUGGCCAAAAACAGCAGAAAGAGUCUGUGUCAUCAGAAAAAGUAGAAGUCACAACAGCGGAGAAAGAGCAGGUCGUUGUGUCCAAGAAACAGACAGAAUCCGUUCAGUCCAUCAGCUCUGAGGAUGAGACUGUUACUGGCGGCUCUUCGCUUGUUUCUUACCUGAAAAAGAGCAGCAAGACUGAAGCAACAGCAACCAGUGAGGCAGAGACUCUGACAGCAGAGAAGUUCUUUGCUCAUUUCCAAAUGGUAGAGCAGAAAACAGUGCAGCAGACUGAAUCAAAAACAACAAUAAUCCAAAAAACUGAUGAAAAGCACCUGUCUACUCAGGAGACCAGUAUCAUGGAGAUCACAAAAGAGGAGGAGCCUGAGCUGACAGAUGCUGCCAUCAAGAUUCAAGCUGCCUUUAAGGGUUACAAGGCUCGCAAGGACAUGCGUCCCGUCUUUAAGGAGGUCUUUAAAGACCAAACCAAAGAACCUAAUGACACCAUACAUCUCGAAUGUGUGUCAGAAGGUAAACCAGAAAAGGUGCGCUGGCUGAAGGACGGUGAACCGCUGAUGGACGGCAAACAUCAUCAUAUUGAUAUCUACAAUGACGGCACCUGCGCCCUGGUCAUCACUGCCAUCACCACAAAAGACACGGGGGUUUACACCUGUGAGGUCACCAACAAGUUUGGAGUGACGUCUCACAGCGCUAAGGUGACAGUGGGAACGGUGAGGGAGUCAUCAGGCCGUCGACCCCUGACAAUAGGUUACAGUGCCGACAGUGAGCCCGAGAGCUCUUCUGGUAGUGAGAUGGAUGAGUCGCUGAGACAGGCGAGCAGACGCCUGAGGCGCCUUCUUCGCACACGACUCCCACCCGACGUUGAGGAGGAACCAUUUAUCAGCGCAGAUGAGGGCGACUUGCGUCCCCCGGAUCCUCACUCUUACCGGGAGGAUGACAAUUACAUCUACAUUCGCUUUGAUUCCCAAUCAGAGGCUGAGAUCGCCUCUAAAAGAUUCCAGGAGAUGUUCACAGUCCACGGCGUACCCGUAGAGACCGCCAUCGUAGCAGCGGGGACUCACAAAGUAGAGCUGCGAAUUAGAAAGAUGGGCUACAUUCAGGAUGGCACACAGACCCCAACACAGGAUCGACAGCCUCCUGCUUUAUUGACUGGAGCUCCAGCUGCUCCAGUGUUCCUGACGGAGCUACAGAGUCAGGAUGUUCCUGACGGCUAUCCAGUCAGCUUUGACUGCGUUGUGAUUGGCAAGCCCCCUCCCACUGUUCGCUGGUAUAAGGAUGGCAAGCUGCUGGAGGAAAAUGACCAUUACAUGAUCAAUGAGGACCAAGAGGGCUGCCACCAGCUCAUCAUCACCUCCGUCUUGCCCACUGACAUGGGCGUUUAUCGCUGCACAGCCGAAAACAGCAGUGGGAUUGCCGCCACUAAAGCUGAACUUAGAGUUGACAUGUCGUGCAGCUCAGAUUAUGACACUGCUGCAGAUGCCACAGAGACCUCGUCGUAUGUCAGUGCUAAAGGUUAUGUGUCCAGUAGGGAAACUGAAACAUUUGAAUCCGUAAGUGAAGACGAUCAGCUACCACAGGUUGUGCAUGAACUUCACGAUGUUCAUGUCAGUCCAGGUUCGCCUAUUGCUAAAUUGCAACUCAAAGUAAAAGGGUUUCCUAAACCGAGAGUGUACUGGUUCAAAGAUAGCCAGCCUCUCCGACCGUCAGAGAGGAUUCAGCUUUUAGCAGAGAGAGAUCUUCAUGCUGUGGAGAUCCUUGAAGUGAAGAGAGAGGACAUGGGGGAGUACUCUGCUUAUAUCAGCAAUGCGGCUGGUUCUGCUUAUUCCUCCGCCCGGCUGAUAGUACUGAGUCCUGGGGAGAUUAUGCCACAGGAUAAAAAGGAUUCUAAGGAACCACUGGUGCCUCCACGCUUCAUUGAGAGGUUCAGCAAUAGGAAGGUGAAACAAGGAGCAAGCAUCACUCUCUCUGUCAAGGUCGAAGGGUCUCCUACUCCCAUGGUCUCCUGGCUGAAGGAGAAAUCAUCAGAGGAUGUCUUGUGGAUUAAACCUGACACUAAAGGAUACAAAAUAGCCAGCUCUGGUCGCCAGCACAGCCUCAUACUGAUGGACGUAGACAAAGAGUACACUGGCGUCUACACCUGCAUAGCUACAAAUAGAGCAGGGCAGUCACUCUGCAAUGCUCAGCUUGAGGUGGAUGACACACCACAACUGAAGAAGAAUACUGCAGCUUCGGAGAUCCUCGGGAUUACAGUUAGUCCUCCACAAGAAGAGGCUGGCAGAGGAAGUGAGGGUAAAAUACCCUACUUAGGUGAAGUUGGCACAGAGGAAUUCCUCAUGAAGCUCACUUCUCAGAUCACCGAAAUGGUUUCAGCAAAGAUCACACAAGACAGCUUACAGAAUCACGACGUGCUCCAGUGGAUGAAAUCUUGGCCCAAAUCUGCCACUUCACUGCGAGUGCCAGGUGUGGACAGUGAUGAUGAGACCAAAACUCCUUCUCCAUCUCCCCAUCAUGGUCGCUCUCGUCCACCUUCCCUCAUCGCAGAUUCCUCCUCAGAGUCAGAUGAAGGAGAUGCCAGAGGAGAGAUGUUUGACAUUUAUGUGGCAUCUGCGGACUACAAUCCCACCUUUGCAAGCAAAGACUCCAUCUCUCUCAAAGAGGGACAGUAUGUGGAGGUCUUGGACUCAGCUCAUCCUCUUAAAUGGUUGGUCCGGACCAAACCCACCAAAACUACACCAUCACGACAAGGCUGGGUGUCACCGGCCUACUUGGACAAAAAACUUAAACUCUCAGCGGAUGCAGGAGAUCUUCCAGAAACAAGCGUAGAAGAGGUUUCUGAAGGAGAAUACAAGCGGAAGUUAUUCCAGCUGAUGCAGGACCUGAUAAACGGAGAAUCCGAGUUUGUCAAGGAGGUGGAAUUCUUCACUUCUCACCACAUGAAGCACGCCGACAGCCCGGAUGCUCCACCUGAUGUCUGCAGCCAGAAAGAGACCAUCUUCAGAAAUGUUGAUGACAUCAAGUCCUUCCACAGCAAGACAUUCCUUCCAAAGUUGCACGACUGUGACACAGAUGAUGAUGUGGCAAUGUGCUUCCUGAAAAACAAGGAAGGAUUUGAACAUUACCUCCAGUAUCUUGUAGGACAGAGCCAAGCCGAAUCUGCUGUCAGUGACAAAACUGUCCAUUGUUUCUUUAAGGACUACUCUGAGAAAGAGCAGGCGACUGCAAGCCCUGGGGAUCCUCCAGUUCGAAGCAUAAAUGCCUACCUGCAGCAGCCCCUCGAGAGGAUUCAGAAGUACAAGGCCUUCCUUAAGGAUCUCAUCCGAAACAAGGCAAGAAACGGCCAGAACUGCUGCCUCCUGGAAGAGGCGUACGCCAUGGUGUCUGCACUCCCUCAGCGUUCAGAGAACACACACCACGUCUCCCUGAUCGAGAACUAUCCUGCUACCCUGGAAGUUCUUGGAGAACCAAUCAGACAGGGACCUUUCCAAGUGUGGGAGGGAGCGCCCGGAAUUAGAACCUCCUCUAGGGGUCACCACCGCCACGUCUUCCUCUUUAGGAACUACUGUAUCAUUUGCAAACCCAAAAGAGACAGCAACACUGAAACACAGGCAUAUGUUUUUAAGAACAUGAUGAAGCUGAAUAACAUCGAUGUGAACGAAACGGUGGAAGGUGACGACCGGGCCUUUGAGAUCUGGCACGAACGGGAGGACUCUGUGAGAAAAUACACUCUACAGGCCCGAACGGUCAUCAUCAAGAACUCCUGGCUGAGAGACCUCAGAGAGCUGCAGCAGCGCUACAGCAUGCCUGCAUGGAGUUCACCUGAUUUUGUAGAAAUUUUGGCAAACUGCACAGCAGAGUUGGGUCAAACAAUUAAACUCGCCUGCAAAGUUACUGGGGUGCCUAAACCUGUAGUUACCUGGUACAAAGAUGGACGAACAGUAGAGGCAGAUCCUCAUCACAUCAUCAUUGAGGACCCUGAUGGCUCCUGCACGCUGAUCCUAGAUAACAUGACUGCAGAUGAUUCCGGCCAGUACAUGUGCUUUGCAACAAGCCCAGCAGGAAACGCAAGUACUCUUGGAAAAAUCACUGUUCAAGUGCCUCCUCGUUUUGUAAAUAAAAUGAGAAAUGCUGUCUUCGUUGCUGGUGAAGACGCUCAGUUCACUUGUGUGAUACAAAGCGCCCCCAGCCCAAAAAUAAGAUGGUUCAAAGAUGGCCGACUAUUGACUGACCAGGAGAAGUAUCAGACCUACAGCGAGGUCCGUAGUGGGGUUCUGGUUCUGGUUAUUAGAAAUCUGACUGAGAGAGACCUGGGACACUAUGAGUGUGAGCUGUCAAACCGCCUGGGCAGUGCCAAGUGUGCUGCAGAUUUAGUUGUUCCUUCCGCUGUGGCCCGCAGUGGAGAGCACGCCAUCACCAUCGAAGUUACCGAACAGGAGACUAAACUACCAAAGAAGACCAUCAUAAUCGAGGAGACGAUUACCACUGUUGUGAAGAACCCACGCAUGAGGAGACACAGAUCUCCAGGCUUGACUGUUCUUGGAGCCCACCGCUCUGAGACCUCCACCCCUGAGCCACCUGCAACCAGGCCAAGAAGGAUGCCCACCCCGAGAAAGACCACCAUUCCAACCCUCUAUGUUACUGAGCCCGAGGGGGCUGGAGCCAGGGCAGCGGAGAGCAGGCCCAGGUGGGUUGAAGUGGAGGAGGUCAUCGAGUACAAGGUCAAUAAGUCUCCCAGGCUGCCCAGGAGAAGAGGAAUCUCACCUGCAGGCUCCGAUCGUGCAGCCACCCCCUCCAGACCUAAGCGGUCUCCCCUGGACAACUUGAAUGCCAACAACUCAAACAACAAGUUGGUGGAGCAGGCGCAGGAACAUCUGAAGGGAGACAUCAGCAGCCAGAGCAUCUCCUGGGAGGAAGAUGAGCCUCAGAUCGCCUCAGGCUCUGCUUCGAGAGAACCGCGUGAACUUUCAUCUGUCCUAACACUUGCUGAAGACGCUGAUGACCAGGAUGAUCAGCAAACUGUUAUCUUUGAACCAGAGGAUGAGGAUACGGAGGAGCCUGAAGCAGUGGUUCUGAAACAAGGAGAUCGUAUUUUGAACCUGGAAGACUUGGAGGAUUACAUCCCAGGAGAAGGUGAAACCUAUGGCUCCUCCGGCUCCUGUCGUGUCUCUGAUGAGAAACCCUGUGAGAUUUCUGUCCUUCAGAGGGAGAUCGGGGGGUCCCAAGUGGGACAGCCAGUGCUUCUCAAUGUGGGACGCCCUGAUAUUGUUCCAAGGCAGAGAAGCAGCUUCUUUGGCCGCUUCAGGGAGCAUCUCUCCAACAAUCUUUUCCCCUCUGCCUCCCCGCAAGGAAGCGGAGCUCGCCCCCGAACUGAGAGACAAGUCCCAAUCCAAGUGAGCAACGCAAACCUAGAGGUGAAGCCCUCUUACUGCUCCGAGGUGCAGAGAGUAGAGGGCGGGCAGCAGAGCUUUAAAACCAAAGUUUCCACUCAAACCUAUGGCUACACAUCAGUUGGAAAGCCUGUCACUCUUCAAAUUAAAGAGAAGCCCUUUCAAAGCCAGUAAACAUCUUCUAAUUGUUGACACAAAUCCUUAGUCUUAAAUGGAUACAUAUCUGCUUGCAUGGUUAAAAUAAUCUAACAAAAAUAAUAUCUACUACAUAUAACAAACCAUUCCGUCUUGAAGCAGCCAGUCAGAAAAUAGUCUGAUCCUCAGUUGUUUUUGUGGGAUUCAGAGUUUUCUUUAGGCUAGGGAAUGUGGAAACUGCAAAUUGUAGGGAAACGCAUGUCUCUAUAGGCAAGUUUCAGUCUCAUUCUGUCAUUUGAACUGCUGCAUGACAUGCAGCAUCAAUUGACAAGGAUAUAUGAAGUAACAUUUUACUGUUCAUGAGUUGGAUGUUCGUUUUCAUAGAUGUGCCGUCAUAAAAUCAUUUUAUCUGCAAUAGUAAAUCAUCCAAGCAGUGACAUUUUGAACACCUCUGACUUUAUUUCUGGAUUGUCAUUAAAUGCAUAUUAGUGUCAUAUCAUCAGUUUUUUUUUUUUUUUUACUUUUCAGAAACGUUUUUGUGUCACAGUGUCUUUCAGCUUUGAAACUGAAAAUACUUACAAUGAACAGUGAAGACUUUGACUUUCUGUACUGCUUGCUGUUGUUUAGGUUUAAUCACUGGUGUGCAAUUAAAUUAUAGACAAACUUUGGUGUAGAUGUAUGAAUGAUUCCCUGGUUUUAGAUCGCUUAGUUUUUUUUUUUUUUUCAGGUACCAUCGACUAAGCCUUAGUAGUUGGUACCUAAAACACGUCCAUACUCUAUCAUUUGCUUUUCUUUUUUUUAUUUACAAAGCUUCUUUGACAAAUUUGGGCUUUUUGAUGUUUUGCAGUUGCCCGCAAACUCACAGGGAUUAACAAGGGCGUCCUUUUGUGUGUCAGUGACAUAUUUAUGAGUGACUGCAUGUAUUUGCUUUGUAAACCAAACGUGUUAAGCAGAACUGUCAUGUAUUUACGUGAAAACGUUGAAAAACCUGAAAUUCCAGGACUUCACUACUUUCUUGGAAGACGUUGCUGUGUUUGUGUUCCUAUAAUAAGGUGUGAUCGACUGGGUAUGGACUAUGUAUGUUAUGAUAUUUUAGGUCUAACAGAUUGUAAUUGCUUGCAAUGUUCAUGUGGAGUUGUGGACAAUAAUGAGGUUGAGCACAAAGUGUUAAAUAAAUGUACAGAAAAUCCUUAAGAUUACCCGUUUCUUCUAUCAUUCCUUACUACUCCUUAUAUUAAGCCACUUAUGAACCGAGUAAAAUGAGACACCAGAUCCCCCUUUUCCACAACACUUUCUUUUAACCUUUUAAUUUGCCUAGAUACAACGCUCUGAACUGCUGGCUUCUUUUUUGUGGCUUACCCUCUCUGUAGAGGAUGUCAACGGACCACUGUCUUUGCCCUGACUUCCUUGAUUCCCAGGUUUUUUUUUUUUUAAGUGCUUUUUCCAUUUUUUCUAUUUAAAGUAUCUGACAAAUUAAGUUCUGGGUUUUCAUCAGCUUUAAUAAUCAAAAGUAACUGUGAUAAACAUUUGAAAUCCUCUAAGAAAUGCAUAUUGAUUUCAGUUUUUAAAUAAAAUUAAACUAGGUUUUUGAGCAUAUGGUGCCAAGAUAGACUUGUGUGACUAAACAAAUAAUGCACUUUGUAGCUGUAACAUUUUAUUGAAGUUUUAACAUGUAACACAUUUCAGUAUUCCAGAGGAUUUAUUGCUGGAAUUAAGAAUAAGCUCAAAUAGUGAACAACAAUAUGAGGAAUACAUAACUUUUGGUCAGAUGAAUUGAUUUUUACAAAGUCCCAUUAAUAGUUUUACUUUGUAAGAGUUGCUGAAAAAAUUAAUUAUGCUAGUUUACAAGUACAUCAUAGACGUCCUUUAAAGGGGCAGCAGUAUGCAUUUGUCAGGAACAUUGUGAUAAAAAAAAAAAAA